CUCGCGCUGGCACCGCCGCGCGGGGGCCCCGCCGCCGCCGCCGUGGUCUGGAGAAGUGGGCGGGGCGCCGCGCGUGCAAGCUGGCCGGGGAGAUGCGCCCGCCGGACCUCGCGCUCUGCGGCGAGGCGCUGGCCAGGGCGAGGCAACGCGACGUGCGCUGCCUGUUCGUGCUGGCGGAGGCGGCGAUAGCGAGGUGCGACGGCUUCGGCCCCGCGGACGUGGGGCGGCUGCUCGCGGCCUACGCCGAGCUCGGCGUGCGCAACGAGCCGCUGUUCGAGGCCCUGGGCGCGAGGCUCGAGGGGCUGCUCGCCAGCGGCGGGCCACGGGGCGCCGAGGCCGCCGCGGCCGCGGCGGACGCGCACGAGAGGCUGGACCUGGCGGGCCUCCCCGCGCUCCCG